UUUUCAAUUAAAUACCAAUAUGUUACACUAUGAAGGUAAUUAAAACAAAUGAAAGUCCACAUAAGGAAUGACGUAGGUACCUAAUUCUCCCAUCGUAAUGAGUUAAUUAUAUGACAUUAUUUAAAUAAAAAUAGGUCAUGAUAUUAUUUAAAAUACCAUGCGUCCAUAACACUGGAAAUAUAUGUUUUAAUACGAGUGAGAAAUUCAUAUUGAAUCAUCGUAAAGUUCUAAUUAUAGACCUGGAAAACUGGAAAAUUCUCGGCAGUAAUAUUUUAUAAUUCGAUAUGCGACUCAUAAUUUUAUAUUGUCAUAUUAUUCUUCCACGGUGACUUAAUUUUAUAUACUCUAACACGCGGUUUUUUGUUCGUCUCUUACACGACAACGGAUUAGCACACCUUUUAAUAUCUGUAACGCGGUGUCAAAACAAUUAAAUAAGAUUACACUAACAACAUAAACAAAAACCGAAAUGCAAUUAUUAUCUAAUAAUUGGCGAUUCUUUGUAUUAUGGCGGAUUAAACCGAUCGGCGAGAUUUUGUGGUAGACCAGGAGAUUGAUUUUAGAUGCUUCAGGUUCUUGCAAGUGGUAUCAUCAAUUCUUCCUUCAUUACUUUCCCCACUAUCAUCAUCAUUAACAUUUGAUCCAAUGUUAUCUGGAAGUACCAAGUGUCUUUUGGAGAGCCUUGAAAUAUUUCUGCAAGUGAUUCGCCCAUAGUAGCUCCUGGUCUAUACCAACCGACUAAACUAACCAAAGACCGAUAAAAAACCAAAGAGACUUCACGCCUGGUAAAUUUUGGUCUUCGCUUCAGUUCGUUGCAGAUUUAAGAAAUAUCGAUUAUCAAAAGUUUUAGCAGAACAGUACACUUUCUUGGUUACGUGGGUUUCGAUCAAGUGGUGGGACCUGUAUAAAACGAAAUUCGCGGUAGUCAAAUGCAAUUUUUGUGAUUUAUCUGUCGGCGAAGAUGCUUCUGUCCAAGAGAAGCAUUAUCAUCGAGGUGUGCCUCGUGCUUAUAGCCAGGCAGGGCUCGGCUGAGUACGACUACUCAGAAAGCGACGAAUACCACUCAGAAUACUCAGACGAUCACACGCAUCCAGACUAUACCAAGUACUUUGGUGGUGAAGCGUCGGCUUCGGCUGCUGUACCCAACAAGCAGAGCCCUGGAAGUGGCUUCACUUCCGGUUUCAUUCCUCCAGCGGAAUUCCAGAGCUUCUGGAACAUCCCUAUAACUUUCGAAGAUCCCAAGCCGAAAGAGACGGCACCACAGGCCCAAAAGGCGGACCCCUUUGAAGCCUUGAAGCAAUCUUUUGCUCAAAAAGAGGAGGCUGCUUCCGAGAGCAAUCCUUUAAAGAAAGAUUAUUUCGAGGAGAGUCAGAAAAGGCAGCAAGCUGAAUCCAGUGAGGUGAAACCUGGUCCUUACUACGUUAGCCAUAAGAUUCCCGUUCCUCAAGUUUAUGAAAAUAACGAAGAAGGAGCUCAGAGCAAAGAUGACGUUGAAACCAUUCGACCCCCUGUGAAGAAAAGCAAAAAACCUAAGGUCAGCUCAGACUUCGAUGACUACAAAGACAACUUUGGGGGCUUCGAAACUCUUAGGAAAGCUGAGGAGCAAGUAGACCAAACUAAAAUCGAUCCGGCCACUUACUAUGGCGGAAAAACCGCCGACUAUAACACUGGAAAAUCUUCUUCGACAGUUUCCCAAUACCCUGCCGCCACUGGGUACCUUGCUCAGCUACAGAUCCCUACCACAACCGUCAACCCUUACCAAAAAUACAGCUAUCAACCGCUAUCCUCCAAAUACCUUGAAACCUUAACCAAUGCGCCAGCUGAAAAGCCCGAGGGUGAUGGAGCAGUGGCCCCGUCACAAACUGAAAAUGUAAAAAAUAAAAACUGCAGAAAAAUCAACGGUCCAGAGAACGCCGAAGAUAUGAACUGCUUUGUCUGCGAAGAUGCUUCCAACAAGGCCAAAUACACUCAGUGCUCUUACACCUCAAGCCAAGAACCUGUUAACCAGUACGCAGGUAGCUCAAUCAGAUAUUCCACUCCAGUAAAAGCCCCUGAGGCCCUAAGGAUCAAAAGGAGCCCUAGAAAACCUAAAUACGACCGCGAUCCUUACUACGAGGUUUCCCAAAGGAACAGGAAAUACUUUGAGGACUUUGAAAAAGAACAGGAAGUAGCCGAGAGCGAGCGCCAGAAAGAUUUCCACUAUAAACCCUACGACCCUGAAGAAUACGAAAGCUACUCUGCCAGCCAGAGCAGUGAGCUGCUAAAGAAACCUGGUGCUUGCACCAAAGUGGAACGGGAGGGAGGCGAAACUUGCACCGUGUGCAAAGACGAGACCACUGGGGGCAAUUUCGAGCAGUGCAGCUACACGUCAGCCCCCAAGGAGAGCAAGUACGCGUACGUAGCUGAGAAAAAGUACGACAGCGAACAGGAUCAGCCGGAAGAGACCAAAACCGUAACCAAACAGAGCUCCGAACCCCAAAAAACUUCCGCUACCAAAAGUAAAAUUGUCGUCAAAGACCCGAUUCCGGAACUCUCAGCUGCCGGGACCGCUAUCGAUGAAACCUCCGCAGAAGCCGAAGAGGCUGAAGAAGAAGAAUCAUCAAAAGAAGAGAAGGAAUCUGAGGACGACACCCCCUCGUACUAUAACGACGAAGAACUGAAAAAGGACAAAAAACUGGUUAGCGACGACCCCUAUGAUGUUCCAGAACAUUUCGCCGCCACCGUGACAGAUAAGAAAACUGCCGAGGAAGACGACGAAGAAGAGAGCUUCGACGAGUACCACUAUAAAUUAUUCCCAGAGUUGAACAAGCAGGCGGAAUCGAGGCAAGAAGAGCAAAAAACCGACGCCACAGAAAAGAAACAACACGACGUCGAAGAGGUGCUGGCAGAGUUUGCCAAGAAAGACCGCUCCAACUGCAAAAAAGCCGAAAAAAAUGGCAUGACUUGCUUCCUGUGCGUAGACCAGCAUAAAGUGCAACACGAGGAGUGCAUGUACGUUGCGGAAAGUAAACCCAAGCCCACCCACAUCGCUUACCACGAGGUCCAGAGGCUAAAAGACCCCAAGGGCGAGCACCAGCCUCUCGUCAACCAAGAACCGUCCGAGGAAUCUAAAAAAGUCGAAACCCUCUCAGCAAAACCUCUGGACCUGACUGGCGAGAACACCAAAAGGAAGAAGUUCUUCAAGAAAGUACCUCAAGAGUUAACUGGGGCAGCCUCAGACCUCUACAGAACCGUGGUCCCUUACGAAAACCAGAAGAAAAGGUACGCGAAGAAGUUUUUGAGGGACUCCAAGGCCUCUGGAAGCGCCCCGGACUCCGAACGGUUAGAAGAGUCCGAGUCUAAGGAGGAAGAAGAAGAAACCAAAGAAGAGAGCAAAGAGGAGGAGCCUGAGGCUCCUAAAGAGGUAGACGUGGGUGAAGAAGAGGGCGCCUACAGCCACGAAACCAAACCCACCUACAGUAAACUCUUUGACACCACUUUGCCCAAGUACAUGGUAGAGAAGACGGAGUUCGAGAAGGAGUUCGAUGCUGUUUCCGGAUUCGAUUAGGCUUUAAGGAGUAUGUUGAGGUGAGUGAGUGAGGUUCAAAUUGAAAGUUUUUCAAAUCCAUUGCUUGGAGUGUGAUAAUCUGGAUUUUCUUCUCGGAAAAUUCGUUGUUUUACCUGUUUGUUAUAAUUGAUUUAGUUUUUAAGGCCGAUGUUAUAUUUUUGUUGUUAUGACUGUUAAAAAUAUAUGUGUUAUGUUA